AGCCUGGCGUUACUGUGCCUUUUCGCCUUGACGCAGGUGGAUCCCGGAGCGGUUCCUUGGAAGAUGGAGGACGAAGCUCCUGUCGAGGACGGAGAAAACUCCUCGAUAACCCGGACGCGCGUUCAGCCCGACGGGUCAACGGUGGUGGACAAGUGGUGCUAUACAUGCAAGCUCUGGCGACCUCCCCGAGCAAGCCAUUGCCGGAUAUGCAAGAGAUGCUACUAUCGGUUCGAUCACCAUUGCCCCAUCACGGGGACUUGCAUUGCUCAGGGCACGCACAUUUUCUUUGUCUCGUUCCUUGUGUUGAGCAGCUUCGCCUGCCUCGUGGGGUGUGCGUGUGGGUGCUGGAGCAUCGCGAGGCUCUUUGACAGCAACCCUGAAAAGAAGUGGCAGACAUUCCUCCUGUUCCCUUACAUGGUAGUCCUAGCCUGGAUCGGAAUAUCUCUUGCGGGGUUCGGGAUUUGCUUUCAUUUAGCGUUGCUCAUCUGCAAUACGACAACCAAAGAGCAUCUGACAGCACCGAACUCGUCGAGGAAAACUUCUUUUUGCAAAGAUUGCAUUGAGAUCUCUUGCGUCGAGAGGCACUGGAAGUACUCCUUGGAUCCGAAGCCAGUAGAUCUUAGCCUGAUCCCUUGAGCACCAACCUUCUCCUCUGCUCAAGGAAAGGAUCCGUUUAGUUUUCCGUAAUGGUUGAUAAAUUAAUCUCGCGCUC